AAAACUUUAACACAAAAAAAAAAUUUUAAAAUGCGUCAGUAUAAAUUAAAUUAUUUUUUAUUAAUUUUUUGUUUAAUAAUUAUUAAAAUAGAAGGUGGUAUUUUUGAUUGGUUUAAAUCGAAACCAAGAUGGUAUGCCAAAUUAGAGAAAACACCAUUAAUAGAAACAUUUAAUCCAAAAGGAUUACGUAUAAGUAUUGGUGAUUUUGAUGGCUUACAAAUUUUUGAUUUUCAUGCAAAAAUUAAUGAACCAUUUUCAAAUAAAUAUGAUAAUGGUACAUUAAAAUUCACAAUAUUUGAACCUAAAAAUGGUCGCUGGACAUACAUUGAUGAAGAUAUUGAAUUUAAAAUUGACGAUCGUAUUUAUUAUUGGUAUUAUGUUAAAGUUAAUGGAGAAGAAUAUUGGUCACCGAAAACAUAUAAAACUGUUCAUAAUCUUGCUACAUAUCCUGGUGAUAAUUUACUUUUCGAAAGAUAUCGAAGCACCAAAUGCCCAUGUGAUAUAGAUGAUUCAUUAAAAAAUAAAUUAUUGUUAUCAAAUUAUAUUGAAUGUGAUCGAGAAGAAUAUAAAAAAUUAAAAAUAGAAUUGGAAAAUGCAAAAAUUGAAGUUAAUGUUCUACUUGAAACGCUACUAUUAUUACAAAAGAAUGAUAAGAAUGCACCAACAUUAAUAUUAACCGGAAAAUCAUCUAUAAUAACUGAUCCAAAGAAAGAUGUUAAAAUAUUCCUCAAAUCAAAAUUAGGUAUAGAUGAUGAUCUAGAUGAUAUUAUAAUUAAUGCACAUUAUACAGAUUGUGGAAUACUUUUUGAAACUAAUUCACUGUUAGAUGUCGAAAGAAUUUUAAUAGCAGCUGAAAAAAAUACACAACCACAUGAUGAAAGAAAAAUUUAUGAACCGGAAAAAGCUGAAUGCAAGCAUUUAAAUAAUAAUUUAAUUCACUAAACAAAAUGAGAUGGUUGUCGCAAAAAAAUUUUUCCUAAAAAAAAAAGUUCAUUGUUUUUAAUCAAAUUGUUCAACCUCUAUCAUAAAGUACAUUUAUAUUUAAUGCAUAUUUGGGGCUCAGGGAGAGAUAUAUGCAAUUUUUAGUUUUGCAACUAUUUGAUUGCUUAUUUAUAUUCCAUAGUUUUAUAUUUAAGUGCGCACACAUGUAAUUGUAUGAUCGCAUACAAUUAAGCAAUCGAACACUUUGUAGUUUUUUACACUCCUGGUAAUUUUUAGUUAACACAAUCGAUUUUAAUUGUUGCAAUAGUUGCUUAGACGAGAGCGUAACGACUUUGCAGUAUUUGCAAGACUAAAAAUUGUAUGUCUACCUCAACCCUUAUAGAUAUUUGAAAACUGUUCGAAACAACAUUAAUUUUUUCAUAAAUGCUUUUGGUUUAAAACUUCUUGAAGUUUAAAAGAAUUAAUAACUUCUUUGACAAGGUACUCUCACUAUAAUUGUUAAAAUAUUUGGAUACAAAGAAUACUCAAUGAUCGAAAUGAAUACUUCAACCGUGCACCAAAUAUUUAUAAAUGUAUCAAACAUGUAUGAUGUAGAACAUGUAAGAAAAUAUGGAAAAAUUGUAUGACAACAUAAACUAUUCUUAAAAUCAAUUAAUUUCCAGUAUUAAGUUAAAAAAUAUUAUUGAAAAUUUACUUUAAAAUUGUCACUGAAGAUGGAUUUGAAUUUUAUUUUUACUUGAGUUUUUUAAUGUUUGAACUUAUUUAUAAGAUGAAAUUAAAAAAAAAAUCUCACACAAAAUUGAAAUU